AUGAAACCAUCUAAACUGCAAGAUCAUCUGAGAAGAUGCCACCCUGAUAAAACAGAGAAAGAUUUAAAAUACUUUCAAACACUCAAAGAUAAAUUUCAGAAGAUACCUAUACUGGACAGAAUGUUCGCUUCGACGUCACAAAGAAAUGAUGAUGGUUUGCGGGCAUCUUACAAUAUCUCGUUACUUAUAGCAAAAUCCGGAAAACCGCAUACUAUCGGAGAGAAGUUAAUUUUGCCAGCCGUUGAAGAGGUUUUGAAAACUGUUUUACACAAACCUGCAUCUGAUAUCAUUAAAAGAAUUCCCUUAAGUAACAAUACUGUUGAAAGACGUAUUGAUGAAAUGAGUUCUGAUAUUGAAAGCUUAUUAUGA